UAGCGGGGCCGAGCCCGGCGCUGAGGAGAGCUGCAGUGGCCGCUGUGCUGGCAGAGCGGCGAGCGAGGUGGGAUGGCGGCGCGGCUCGCUUCGCGCAGGGGACCCGGGGCUGCGGGCCAGCGCCCGUGGCUGCUGCUGGCACCGCUGCUGCUGGUCCCGCUGCUGGUGCGGCCCGCUGAGGCCCUGGUGGAAGGGCUGUACUGCGGCACGCGCGACUGCUACGAGGUGCUAGGCGUGAGCCGCUCGGCCAGCAAGGCGGAGAUCGCGCGGGCCUACCGGCAGCUGGCCCGGCGCUACCACCCGGAUCGCUACCGGCCCGAGCCCGGAGACGGCCCUGGGGGCGCGCCGCCGAGCGCUGAGGCUUUCCUGCUAGUGGCGACCGCCUACGAGACGCUCAAGGAUGAAGAAACACGGAAGGACUAUGACUACAUGCUGGACCACCCAGAAGAGUACUACAGCCAUUACUACCACUACUACAGCAGGCGCCUAGCCCCUAAAGUGGACGUCAGGGUGGUGAUUCUGGUCAGUGUGUGUGCCAUUUCAGUGUUUCAGUAUUUCAGCUGGUGGAACAGCUACAACAAAGCAAUCAGCUACUUAGCCACAGUGCCCAAGUACCGCAUCCAGGCCACAGAGAUCGCCAAGGAGCAGGGACUGCUCAAAAAAGCCAAAGAAAAGGGGAAAAACAAGAAGUCCAAAGAAGAAAUCCGUGACGAGGAGGAGAACAUCAUAAAGAAUAUUAUAAAAAGUAAGAUAGACAUAAAGGGGGGCUACCAGAAACCUCAAGUUCGGGACCUCCUCUUGUUCCAAGUCCUCCUCGCCCCUGUCCACCUGUGCUCCUACAUAGCCUGGUAUUGCCGGUGGGUCUAUAACUUUAACAUCAAAGGCAAGGAGUACGGGGAGGAGGAGAGGCUUUACAUCAUACGCAAGUCCAUGAAGAUGUCCCAGUCUCAGUUCGACAGCCUGGAGGACCAUCAGAAAGAAAUGUUUCUCAAGCGGGAGCUUUGGAUAAAAGAGAAUUACGAGGUCUACAAGCAGGAACAGGAGGAAGAGUUAAAGAAAAAGCUGGCCAACGACCCUCGGUGGAAGCGAUACCGCAGGUGGAUGAAGAACGAGGGGCCUGGGCGGUUGACCUUUGUGGACGACUGAGGGCGAUGGGGCACUGCUAUGCCGGACUCUGAAUGUGACGUCACUUGCAUAGUGGUUACUUGGAAAUGUGCCUGCUGCUCUCAGCGGUGACUAACGCUCACAAGUACAUGAUUAAACAGAAUAAUGUAGACAUUUCAGCUUUCCCUUAAAACUUUAUACAGAAGACAUUUAUGACGGCUCAAUUUUUAUAAUCUAUUUGUGGGUUUUGUUUAAAAAAAUUUGACAUGGGACUUAUUAGUUGCCAUUUAAAAUUUUUAUAUGUUUAGUUAAAUUUGACAUGAAAUUUAUUAGAUACCAUUUAAAACUUC